GCAUGAGUGCUUUCUACUUUGAACUCGUAGUGAGGUAAUUUAGGGGUUCACGAAUGUCAUGCUCAGAUUCCUAAACAUACCUCGCAUAUUUUGUGAAGUCACCAAAUAUGUUUAAUUAUAUUGAUAUUGAAUUUUAGAUAGCUCGCUGCCCUAAUUAGAAAGCAUGUCAGAACUUAAUCACGGGACAAGUAUCCUGAAGGAGGAAAAACAUUCUUCUAGUUCUGUCAGUAGCAGCGGUCACAAAAAACGAUGGGGACUGAUUGCAACAGGACUUGUUGGAGGGUCAUUGGUAGCGCUUUAUGCAAUAGCAACUCCAUUUGUUGCACCUGCGUUGAGGAAGGUGUGUCUACCUUUUGUACCGGCAACUCCAGCCCAGGUCGAGAAUGUUUUGAAGGUUCUGCAACGGAGAACAGGGACGCUAGUCGAUAUUGGAAGCGGGGAUGGACGAAUUGUUAUAGCAGCAGCAAAGCAAGGUUUCCGGGCUGUGGGCUUCGAGUUGAACCCUUGGUUGGUCUGGUACUCCAGGUAUAGGGCGUGGAGAGAGGGGGUUCACCACGAAACGUCUUUCUACAUAUCAGACCUUUGGAAGGUCAGUUUUUCGCAAUACACCAAUGUUGUGAUAUUUGGAGUUCCUCAGAUGAUGGCCCACUUAGAGGAGAAGCUUCAGGGAGAUCUGCAGAGCACAGCCAAAGUGGUGGCCUGCCGCUUCCCCUUCCCCACAUGGGUACCGGAUGCCACGGCUGGGGAAGGGAUAGACACAGUGUGGGUGUACGACGUCAAGUCCUUCAAACCACAACAAGGGACUGAGCAGGCCAUGACCACGGAGAACUGAAGCACAGAAAACACAUCUUUAUAACCUUCCUAGAUCUGUACAAGUGUGUGCUGUCAAAAAUAUUGGAAGCCUGUGCUGUCCUCAUUUUGUCAACAGGUGCAACCUAAAAGUUCAUCAGUCUCCCAAAAUCACUGAUGUGAUAGUCUGGGGCUCGUUAUGGACAAAUUGGACAAAUAUAUUGUGUGAGAGAGUAAUUAAAGCCUUGGCAGCAAUAUCACAAUACAUUGUAGAUCUCUGAAUUUUCUUACCGCUUUGUCCCUUGCAAACAUAGGCAGAAUUAAAGAGGAGUUUUGUCAUGUGUACUUUGUACUACAUCAACGUUGACAUACAAAAAAGGAGGGAUUCACAUAAGCAAGUACUGAAUUUAUGUUUUGGAAAACCGGGUUUGUAGUCUGCACCUACUGAACCUUACCAUUUUGUGGUACUUGGAUGAAUACAAAAACUGUCAUAGAGUGUUUUGCACAGAGUGAAAGUCGUUUGAAUUUGCAGGAGGGAAGAUUGAACAGAAAGCAGUCGUAGA